AUGGAAGAGGUCCCUGAAAGUAAUGAAAAUGGAGAAUCCAAACCUUUAGAACAAAAAGAUAUUGAAGAUAAACCGGAAUGGUACGAAGCUCACAAAAUCGCAAUUCAGGUAACAAAUGAUCAACAACUUUACGCCGAUCCUGUGACAGGUUAUACAGUGAUGACAGAAUUGUAUCAUAAAUCAAGAGGUUACUGUUGCGGAAAUAAAUGUAGACAUUGCCCGUUUAAUUAUGAAAAUGUAGGGAAAAAUAUUGAUUUGAAAGCUCUAGCUAAUAAAGGUUCCUUGAAAAUUGAUAACGAGAAAAAGGAUUGA